AUGGCUUAUCAAUUUAGUCUGCCUACUGAUCUACAACUGAUCUCUCUAAAGCUAGCUAAUGAACUUCAGGCAGGAGCUUCAGGAAAAGCCACCAGAAUAAUAGGAUUCCAAGUAACUUUGCUUGAAAUUUUUGAUCAUGAAAUCAAAAAGAACUCCAAAUUGGGCUAUUGUGAUUAUGAGUUGGCAUUUAUUUGCUUUGAUGUGACGGUGGCGUUGUAUCACAUGAACAAGAGCCUGACUGCAGCAAGAACAGAAGCGUUGAUCCAGUCAGUGAAAGAAUUGAUUGAUAAGAAGGCUUUUGAUUUCGAUAACAUUAAGAAUUAUCUCGAAGAGCAUGCAAAAGAUGACGCUACCUCAACUGUAUCGAAGAUUUCUGAGGACUUGCUUCUUCAGAGAUUUCAAAAUCUUACUGCUGACAAGGUAACUCCUAAAGUGGAUAAAGUACCCACAAUGGCACAAUCUUCUACCAUUCAAUCUAUAUUGGAGACUUUUAAAUACAACGAGUGCAUCACCUCGAAGCAGUUACAUGAUAUACUUGCUAAUAAACAAUUCACUGGCCGAGUACUUCUCAUAGAUUAUAGAACAAGAAAGGAAUUCGACUAUAAUCAUAUUAAUUUCGUUGACCUUGUGCAGAUUGAUCCCUCGUGGGUAAACGGACUAGAAAUGGGUAGUGGUGAUAAGGAGCUUACUGACCAAGACCUAGAGCAAAGGCUUAAAAUGUUAAUGCCCGAGGAUCAAUUCAAAAAAUUUCAAAAACGGUCUCAGUACGAGUUAGUAGUUAUAUACAACUUAAAGUACGGACCCACUGAAUGGUUCACUGCCCAGCAUAAAAAUAAAAAGUUUGAGAUUCUACAGAGUCUGCUACUCAAUGGAGUUGUAAGUGGGAUUCCUAGCAGCUCACCUUUCACUAAGUUGAUUGACUUCAUUACAUUUAGAAACAAAUACCUUAGUUCAAGACUAAAGCGCCAUCCAGUAUACUUGGGUGGCGGAAUCUCUUUUUGGUUUGAAGAAUUUGGUGCUGAAUCCAUUACCAAGACCAGCAUCGGAAUAAACGGUGGAAACGGGAGUCAAAACGGUAACUCUGAUGUCGUUGCCCUUUCGAGACCGGAGGCGUCAAUGAGUAGAAGUGGACUGUAUUCAUCUCCUUCGAUUAAUUCGCACUCUUCCCGAAGAAGCAGUUAUAAUGGUGGGACUGGUCAGAUGAAUAUAAACCUGCUGGAUCUCACCAGAUCAUCAUCUCCCUAUUUGAAGAACUUCAGCGAUUAUAUAUCCACUGCAACCUCUACUGGGACACCCCUUUCGAUGCCCCUCACUAGUAGCGUGCUAGAUUCAGAAUCUGGUACACCAUACUACGGCGCAAAUCUGAAAUAUGAGACCCCGAAAUACUAUGGAAAUGCUGCAAGCCAGUCAUCUACUGUGAUAAUUAAUAACGAUAGAAGAAAUAACAGUUCUUUAAGUCAGCUGAUAUCAAGUACCCCAGUACUCAACUCGGCUAACCUAAGUCAGUAUACACCCUCAUCAGUUCCGUCUACUUCUGUGAAUUCACCUAAAUUUAAGGAUUCAUCACCUGUUUCUUCACCGAAGCCUAUAGUUCUGUCUCAGUCAACUAUAUCUCCUAUAAGGUUUCUUGAGCAAUAUGCCACUGGUUUGACAAAUUUGGGAAAUUCCUGCUAUAUGAAUUGUGUUCUCCAAUGUCUUGGAGCAACACCUCAACUCACCAGCUUUUUCUUUCCAACAUUGUUGAAUGCCCCUAAGGAUCCUUCUUCAGAUUCCUCGGCCAUUCAAACAUCGUAUCGCAGGCACAUUAAUGUAAACAAUAAAUUAGGCUCAAAGGGUAUUUUGACGACCAACUUUGUUACCUUGUUGACGAAUAUGUUUUCUAACAAUGGUAAAUUCUUUACUCCAAUGAAUUUUAAAAAGGUGAUCGGAUCCUUGUCGCCUGGAGGUCAAUUUGCUUCAUUUGAUCAACAAGAUUGUCUUGAGUUCUUGAAUUUUAUUCUUGAUGGAUUACACGAAGACUUAAAUCAAAUGGCUAUAAAGGACCCUAAAGAAAAACAAGCCAUAAUGGAAUUGACUGCAGAACAAGAGAAAACAAGGGAAUUCCUCCCUGUCAGAUUGGCAUCUACCAUAGAGUGGGAGAGAUAUUUGAAAUUGAACUUUUCGGUUAUUGUAGAUUACUUUCAAGGUCAGUACCUAUCUCAAUUGAGAUGUUUGGAGUGUGGGUUAACAUCAACGACAUAUAAUGCGUUUCAAAUUUUAUCAUUGCCUAUACCAGAAAAGUUAGGAAGCAACACUACAAUCACAUUAGAUGACUGCUUGAAAGAAUUCGUUAAUACUGAAUUGCUUGACAACAAUAAUAAAUGGCAUUGCCCUAGAUGUAAAAAGUUUACUAAACUGACAAAGAAAAUAAGUAUCACAAGAUUGCCCCAGGUUUUGAUUAUUCAUUUCAAAAGGUUUAAAAUCUCGCCUCGUACCGGAUACAUGGAUAAGAUGAAUAACAUGAUAAAUUAUCCAGUUAAUGAUGUCUUGGAUUUGACAUCCUAUUGGCCCGAAGUGGGAACAACGAUGUUGAAUCAAGAUCCUAGCCAUUUGAUGCCAAAAGAAAAGGAACAGCAAAUAUUGUCUACUUUACCCACUAGGAAUCAAAAACCUCCAUUUAGGUACAAGUUGUAUGGUGUGGUGAACCAUUUCGGUACUUUGUCCACGGGCCACUACACUUCAUAUGUAUACAAAGAGAGUGACGCUAAAAAUAAGAGAGGAUGGUGCUAUUUCGAUGACGCUAAGAUCACCUACAAUUGUAAAGAGAGUCAAGUAUUGACCCCAAGUGCUUACUGUUUGUUCUAUGAAAGAAUAUAG